UUUCAUUUUCAUUUUAAUUUUCCCUUAGCGUGCCACGGCCUUGCGUCGCGUUAGCGGCAUAUGAAAAAAGAUCCCCAAAACUUUAACUCACUACUGCUUCUUCAUCGGCUACUGCUAGUGUGCGCUCUUAUUGCUUUGCGUGCGCCAGUUGCGCACCAGCCUAACCUGCGCACCUUCGCCACCCCUAACCCUCCUAAUCUAAUAACCAACCACCCUCCCACUACCAUCCUCGACGAUAACGGAAUCAACGAUAAGAUCAUUGUUAGGAGUGAUCCUACCGUUGAGAUCUCCGAUUUGAAUUGCCGAUCCAUGUCGAAAGCGCGAGUUUAUGCCGAUGUUAACGUCCUGCGUCCCAAGGAGUACUGGGAUUACGAGUCUCUUACUGUUCAAUGGGGCGAUCAAGAUGAUUAUGAAGUUGUUCGUAAAGUUGGAAGAGGAAAGUAUAGUGAGGUUUUUGAAGGCAUAAAUGUGAACAGUAAUGAGCGAUGCAUAAUCAAGAUCCUCAAGCCGGUUAAGAAAAAGAAGAUCAAGAGGGAAAUAAAAAUACUUCAGAAUCUCUGCGGUGGCCCAAAUAUAGUCAAACUUCUCGACAUUGUUAGAGAUCAGCACUCAAAAACUCCUAGCCUGAUAUUUGAAUUUGUGAACAGUACAGACUUCAAAGUUUUGUACCCAACGCUUACUGAUUAUGACAUACGUUACUACAUAUACGAGCUUCUCAAGGCAUUAGAUUACUGCCAUUCACAAGGCAUAAUGCAUAGAGAUGUCAAACCUCACAAUGUUAUGAUUGAUCAUGAGUUGCGAAAACUUCGCUUGAUAGAUUGGGGUCUUGCAGAAUUUUACCAUCCUGGCAAGGAAUAUAAUGUUCGGGUGGCAUCAAGAUACUUUAAGGGUCCUGAGCUUCUGGUUGAUUUGCAAGACUAUGAUUAUUCUUUGGAUAUGUGGAGCCUUGGUUGCAUGUUUGCAGGAAUGAUCUUUAGGAAGGAACCAUUCUUUUAUGGUCAUGACAACCAUGAUCAGCUUGUCAAAAUUGCAAAGGUACUUGGAACUGAUGAGUUGAAUGCAUAUCUGAAUAAAUAUCACUUGGAGCUUGAUCCUCAACUUGAUGCGCUUGUUGGGAGGCACAGCAGGAAGCCCUGGUCCAAAUUCAUUAAUUCAGACAAUCAGCAUCUAGUUUCUCCAGAGGCUAUUGAUUUUCUUGAUAAGCUCCUUCGGUAUGAUCAUCAAGACAGGCUAACUGCAAGAGAAGCAAUGGCACAUCCAUAUUUUUCUCAGGUGAGAGCUGCAGAAAGUAGUAGAAUGCGGACACAGUAAGCAUUCACAUGGGUCUGUCAACAGACCAGAGGCCAAUGCUUGUGGGGCAUGUAUCAGUAUUAUCAUCUUUGCGAUUAUUAGUGUUAUGGGGAACAAUGACGACUGCCUUUGUUUGCUGCAGGCAGCUAAAGUUGUGCAUGGAUUUUUAAUCAUAUGAUCUGAUCGUUUGUUUGAGAGAAUAUAUUGGUAUCUUGCAUUCCGUAUGAGAAUUUACUAGCCCAUUGAUUAAA